AUGGAAGAGAGUCCCAGCGCCGAGCGCAAGGUAGAGAUCAGCGAAAACCUGGAGGAAAUCCGCGAUGCUGUUUUGGCAAGCAGGUCGUUGAACGUUGUUGCACGGCUUGUGGCAGUCAGCAAGUACAAGCCGGCGUCGGAUAUCAUGGCAGCUUACGAAGCAGGACAGCGCCAUUUUGGCGAAAACUACGUACAGGAGCUUUCUGAGAAGGCACCCCUGCUGCCAUCCGACAUAAAGUGGCACUUUAUUGGACGUCUGCAGAGCAACAAAUGCAAGGCACUUGCAGGCAUUCCCAAUUUGUGGGCAGUCGAGACGAUCGACAGCAGGGCAAAGGCGCUGAAGAUGAACGAUGCCUGGGGAAGUGCCGGGCACGCCAGCCCACUGAACGUGUUCAUCCAGGUGAAUACAAGCGAAGAGGAAAACAAGGGCGGCGUUGAGCAGCACGAGGUUCUUCAGGUGGCCCGGUCGGUGCGCGAAGCAUGCGCGAGUCUCAACCUGCUAGGCCUGAUGACUAUCGGAUCGGUCGAGGGCUCGCACCAGCACCCCAACCCAGACUUCCUGGCGCUGGUCAGAUUGCGCGACGAGAUCAAGGCCGACCUGGGCGGGCCUGAGCUUGAGCUCAGCAUGGGCAUGUCGGACGACUUUGAGCAUGCGCUGGAGCUUGGGGCGACCAACGUACGCGUGGGAUCAAAGAUCUUUGGAGGCCGUCUGCCAAAGACGGCCGCCGCGUAG